CACACACACACACACACACACACAUAUAUCUGGGAGCCUCCAGUUCUACACAGAGAGAUAGCCUUGAGCCCCAACUACUUAUACUGACAGAUACCCAGACCCCCAACACAGAGACACCAGGAGAUGCCAACACGCAUUCCAGAGUCCCACAGACACUUGGAUCCUCCAGCAUAUACAAGAAACCCAGAAUGUUCCACAUAGAUCCCCCACCGUACACAGACACACCACGCACACGCACACAGAGGACGACCCUCAGCACUUACACUGCCCUGGGUCCCACCUGACCAGACCCUCCCAGAGCUCCCAACAGGUCACAGUUCAAGCAGAGAUUCAGAGACUGUAGGGGACUGGCCUGCUCCAGGUAACCAGCCUACCCAGCCACACCAGCCUCCCUGGACCAGACGCUGCACUGGUGCCCUGGAGGGUGGCAGGGACCCAGAAUCUCCUAGUGCCCCGUGGGCACCAGCCCCUUUAUCCAUCUCAGCCUGAUUUGCCUUCUUCAAAGGGAAGGAGACUCACUCCUCCUCCUACACCAAAGUGUCCCAAAAGGAACCACUGCCCGCCCCCUAAUUUAUGCCACCCUCUGUGGGGAGCUCAGACAGUGCCUGGCCCCGGUCCUGAAGUGUGACCAGACUGGUAGGACCAGCAUCCUGACCCCAUCACGCCUGCUGGCCUCAGCCUGCAGUGCCCGCGCCAUGGUCGGGGCUGCUUCUUGCACUGACUCCUGUCGGCCCACUGGGUUCUUUCACCCACGAUGGGUGUGCUUUGCCAAAAUGAAACGGCUGCCUUCUAUCCUGGCGUUUAGGACCUGUGGGCUGGGUUUGGCCUGCCAGAAGCAGGCAUCUCUUUGUUAAGGAAUAUUUCCAGAAGGGAAAAAUGUGCUGAAGAGGCUCGGGUGGAGCGUGAGUGUGGAGACUGCUCGGUGUUGUCCCUGGGCCGGGCUGUGACUGAGCUCAAGGACCUGUUAUGCAGCCCCCCUCCCACUCAUCCUUCCACCCCAUGGUUCUCACCCUCUGGUCUGACCCGUGGAUUCCCCUGGGCCUCUGUGGUCAACUGCGGGUGGUUUGGAAGGAAUUGCAGAUGGCUUGGCCCUGGCACACGGAUGUAGCGAGACAGGAGAGGAGCAGCCAGGCCAUUUGAGAUGGUGUGCCUGCAACUACAGGGCUUAAGGAGGAGCCCCAGUUCCCAUGAGUUGGACCCAAGAUCAGCCCAGCCCGAUAACCACUUGUCUGGGGCCCUUCCCAUGACCCAGAAAGCCCCAGAUUAAGAGGCCUGGGCUUUCUUGUGGAUAGUCACCAGUGUAUCCUAGGUAGCCCUGGACAAAUCUCAUCUUGGCUCAGUGCCUCAACUUCCCCACCUGGAAAAUGAAACAGAAAUCUUUGGCACAGUACUUUGACCCACUGAGGUUAGGAUAUGGCACUGAAUGUUCUCUGGGCAUUUUGUGGAAGGGAACAGUGGCCUCUGCCCGUGUAGUCACCUGUCUGUAGAUUCUAACAGAGCCACUGGCCGCCUCAGCCCCCGGGUUAUUAUAGGAUGAUGCCUUACUGGAUACCAGCCGCCACCUUGAAGUGGGACUGGUGGGAUGAGGGGGAGAGAUGGUCUGUUGUGGGACAUGUGGCCUCACAGGGACCCCUGGGGGACUGAGGGGUAGGGGGCUGCUUGCUAUCCAUGCAGACACCCCACAUAGACCCCUGACACCAAGUGAGGAGAGGUUUGCUCUGUGCACUUACUGAAGGUCAUGUGGCACCCAGGAAGCAAACCUCACAGCCUCCCCAGGGUGGGACUCUGUGAGGACAGAGCCAUGAGCUGUUUAGGAAAACACAAGAAGGCUCCUGAGUGAGCUGUAAACUAUAUCAGCAUGGUCUUAUGCUAGACUAGGGGCCCAGACCUACUAUUUGUGUGCAUUGGCAGGUGCAGGCAUACAAGGGAGAGCAAGGACAUCCAUCCCUCACACAGGACACAAAUGUGGGAAGCCCUGCCAUGUACCAGGACUUGAGUCAGACAGGGGCUGGGCUUGGAGACAUGUCAGAUAUGGUCCCUGCCCUGCAUCUAAAGACUGUCUCCAUAUCACGAGUCGAGAGCUGAAGCCGGCAGCGUACACUGAUCAGGCUCGGCCCUGGGCUCCAUGCCAAGUGCCAUUUAUCUAUUAUCUCAUUUAAUCCUCACAACAACCUAGAGGCACCAGGAGCCCAGCUCAUGCUUGCUCUUCCUACCUCGGCCUGCCACCUGCCAGGUGCACUUAUGAGACAGAAUUAUGUAGUAUGUGCUGCAGGAGCAGAGAAAAGGGCCCGGCGCAUUCCUGGGGCUGGCAGAGAAAGUGUGUAGCAGGCAGGGGUGACGGAUGGACUGAUGGACAGGCCUGGGAGAGGAGAUGCACUCACCAGGCAGGCACGGCAGGGAAGGGUCCUCGGUAGUGGAAGUUCCUGGAGAGAGGCCCAGGAAGCAGGAAUAAGCGUAGUGCAUUCAGAGAGGGGGCCUCCUCCUACAGGCCUCUGUGUCCCAAAUACAAUCCAUGGGACACACACCGUGGCAUGGGACACUCCCUGGCAAAAGGGUUCCGUAGUUAGAAGAAUUUGGGAAAGGCUACACUUGCCACCCUCCUCAAGGACAUUUGCAAUACACGCACUCUAGAAGCCUAGCAGACAGAUGGACGGACACUGGAUGGACAGGCAGGAGGAGGAAGGUCAGUCAGGAGAAUAGAGCAGGGCCAGAGCAGAGACUGUGGCUUCAGGGAGAUUUCAAAGGCUCUGUUGGCACGGGUCACCUAUGCCUUUCCUUCAUUUUUCUGCAUGCUAACUGUGAUGUUGUGUGGGGUUAUAUGAGUGAGGCCUGUCCCCCACACUGGAGUCCCUGGGUUGUGCAAACUGUCAACAGUGCUCGGCUGCUAACCAAAAGUCACCUCGGAAGAAAGGCCUGCUGGUCUACUAGAAAAGUCAGCCAUUGAAAACCCUAUGGAGCGCAGUUCUGCUCUGACACAUGGAGUUACAUGAGUCAGAAUUGACUUGACAGCAACUGAUUAACUGGUCUGGUCCUCCACACCAGCCUUUGAGUCCUACCAGGGCGGGCGCAUGCCUGUUUUGUUCCCAGGUGUGCCCCCAGCAAGGUCCCCGGGUGGUGCAAACAGAUUGCACUCAACUCUUAACCUAAAGGUUGCCGGUUCCAACACACCCGAUGGCACCACGGAAGAAAGAAACUGGCAAUCUGCUUCCUGUAAGAUGACAGCCAAGAAAACCCUCUGGAGCACAGGGUUACUCUGUAACACAUGGGGUUGCCAUGAGGGAGUUGACUCAACGGCAGUGGGUGACGGGUCCCCCUGGUGAGUACAAGGCACAAAGCAGGUGCUCCAUAAGUACUUGUUGGGUUUUAGGAGCUGACAGUCUACACACUCACUUCUGAAAGAGGGCCUGGAGAAUGGCCCUUCCACAAAAGGAGGUCUGACCUGUCUUCCUUGCCAAGCUCCCGAAGGCAGGGCUGACCCACCUCACCUCUUCCCCCAACCCCGGAAGGCUCUGCAGCUCACAGGACAGCAGGAAAGAUACCAUCUGGGCCUUGAAAAGCCGAGAACCUUUGCUGGGUGUCAUUUAUCUGAUUCUUCUGUCCCUGGAAGAAUUUAUGAGGGCUUAGUUUUUUCCCAGAGUCCCUGGGUGGCGCAGACGACUAAUGCACUGAGCUCCUAACUGAAAGGUUGACAGUUCAAGUCCACCCAGAGGCUCCUCGGAAGAAAGACCUCGUGAUCUACUUCUGAGGAAUCAGCCACUGAAAACCCUGUGGGGCACAGUUCCACUGUUCUGUUCUGACACACACAGGGUCACUGUGAGUCAGAGUCUACUCUCCGGCCAUUGGUCUGUUUUUCUGUUUUUUCCCCUUUGUCAUUCUCAGAGGCACUAAAGUAUAGAGAAAUGGAUUUGCCAGGCACAAACGUGGUAUGGUGGCAGAAAGCAAGCUGGUAAGGCUACAGGGUAGUAAACUUUUUUUUUUAGGUCGAAAGGAAUUCCACAGGCUGUAACGGUCCACCUCUCGGAUUUAGCCCGCAGGUGUUUGCUGGUGCUGCUGGUGCUAUUAUUACCAAUAAUGGUUAUAAUUUUAUGGUGUUUAAUCUUUAAACAAGGUCACCGCGUAAGGGGCGGGCCUGCUGAGGAGGGAAGAUUUUUUUCAUUCAUUCCAUAAAUAUUCAUUGAAUGUUGUUCUUAUUAGCUGCUGUCAAGUUGGCGCCUACUCAUGGUGACCUCAUGCUCCCCAGAACGAAAUGUUGCCCAGCCCUGCUCCAUGUUUACAGUCGUUGGUGUGCUUGAGUCCAUUGUGACAGCCACUGUGUAUUUUGAGUGUCUUCCAGCCUAAGGAGUUCAUCUGCCAGCACUAUAUUGGACAAUAUUCUGUUGUGAUCCAUAGAGUUUUCAAUGGCUGAUUUUUGGAAGUAGAUUUCCAGGCCUUUCUUCCUAGUCUGUCUAGGUCUGGAAGCUCCGCUGAAACCUGUCCACCAUGAGUGACUCUGCUGGUAUUUGAAAUACCGAUGGCAUAGCUUCCAGCAUCACAGCAACACACAAGCCACCACAAUACAAAGAACUGACAGAUGAGUGGUGGCUUUAAUUAUUGAAAUGAUUCCAAUUCAUAGUGACCCCAUAGGACAGAGUAGAACUGCCCCAUAGGGUUUCCCAGGAGUGGCUGGUGGAUUCGAACUGCUGACCUUUUGGUUAGCAGCCAGGCUCUUAACCACUGUGCCAUUCCUGCUCCAUGCGUGGUGGUAAAACUAGGUCCUGGGGACCCAGUAGUAGGCUAGGCACCCAGCCCCUGCAGAGGGGAUUUACCAUCCAGCAGGGAAUAAAUACCAUGGCCCAGGCCUUAUUUUAAGCACUUUGUAGGUCUUAGCUUAUUUAUUCCUCCCAAGAGGACCUGUGAGGCUGUCGUUAGCCGCUGUCGAGUGGGGCCCCCGACUCAUGGCGACCCCAUGCACGAUGGAACAAAACUCUGCCCAGUCCUGUGCCAUCCCCACAAUCAGUUGCAGAUCAGACCUGUGAUCCAUAGGGUUUUCAUUGGUUGAUUUUUGGAAAGAGAUCACCAGGCCUUUCUUCCUAGUCUGUCUUAGUCUGGAAACUCCACUGAGACUAGUUCAGCAUCACAGCAAUAUACAAGCCUCCACUGACAGAUGGGUGGCAGCUGGGCAUGCGGUGCCUUGACCAGGACUCAAACCUGAGCUCCUGCAUGGAAGGUGCAAAUUCUACCACUGAACCACCACUGUCGCUAUUUUCAAAGGAAAAAACUGAAGCAAGAGGUCAUACCUAAGAUAGAAAGUGGCAGAGGAAGGAUUUAAACCCAAGCCACCGGGGACCGAGAGAUCUGGGAUCAGCUACCCAGACUUCAGGAAAGCCAUGAAGAAGUCACAUCAACGUGGAGACAUCGUGGAGCAUUACAGAGCAGCAGCUAGACCAGGGGGCGAGAGGAAGGCAGUCAGGGACCUCUGAGUUCCAACUGUCAACGUUGUUAUCCGAGGGGCAGCUUGCCUGUCAGUUGCCCACCUCUUGCCAAGGAAAAGAACCCGAGACUCUAGGCUGGGCCAUUUCCUCAGUAGUCGGCAGAGCCAGCCAGGACCAUAACCGUCUGUUGGCCCGCGCUGGUGUCUAUCAGGCUGAGCAAAACUGAGGUCAUGUGGUAUCUAUCAGGGCUUCAGAUCCAGAACUGAGUCUGUGUCCUGGUGAUUACUAGAGUCGAGGGAUCAGAAACCAGGGGUAGAGGAGGUCACUUCCAACUCAUGGUGACCUCGAGUGCUACAAAAUAGAAUUGCUCCGUGGGAUUUUCUUAGCUGUAGUCUUUACAGAAGCAGAUCACCAGGCUUUUCUUCCGUGGUGCCGCUGGGUGGGUUCAAACCACCAACCCUUUGAUUACUAGUCAGUUCGUGCCACUCAGGGGCCUGGAAGGGUGGUAUGCAAUAGACAUUAAGAGGAAACGUGGCGUCUUUUUUUUCCCCAGCCCCAAAAAUACCAAGCUGUAAAACAUGGCACCAACACACCCACUUGCUCACCCCACUGAAAAAUUACGACUGUGGUUUACUGAGUGCCUACUGCCCUUGGCAGAGUCCCCGUGUGGUACAAAUGGUUAACGUGCUCGGCUGCUAACCGAAAGGUUGGCAGUUUGAGUCCACCCAGAAGCACCGCAGAAGAAAGCCCUGGCAAUCUCCUUCUGAAAAAUCAGCCAUUGAAAACCCUGUGGAGCACAAUUGUACUCUGACACACACGUUGGGCCGCCACAAGUCAGAGUCGGCUUGGCGGCAACUGGUUUGGCUGCACACGGUGAAUUCUGUGUCUUAUUACGGAAGAAAAAGAAUACGGAGAGCACGGUGGCGCAGCGGAAUGAUUUGGAACACAGGCCCUGGAGUCAGAGAGCCAAGUUCGAACCCUUGUUCCCUUACAGCCGAGCCGAAGGACUCGGUGAGCGACCUCCCUAUGCUAUGGCACUUCUCCUCUGACAGAGCUGUUGUUCACUUGUCAGCCUCCACCAGCCCAGAACCUUUUGUUUUGUUUUAAUUUUUUAAAUAGGCUUUAUUUUAUAGAACAGUUAGAUUUACAGAAAAAUUGCGAAGAGAGCACAGAGAGUUCCCAUGUACUGGACACCCCAUCUCCCCUGUUAUUAACAUCUUACAUUAGGGUGGUGCGUUUGUUACAAUUAACGAACUGGAAUUGAUACAUCGUUAAUCACUGAAGUUCAUGCUUUAUUCACAUUUCCUUCCUCUUCCCCUAAUGUCUCUUUUUCCGCCCAGGAUCCUACGUCACAUUUAGUAUCAUGUCUUUGUAGGUUCCUGCGGGCUGUGAAUUUCUCAGACUUUCCUUGUGUUUGAUGACCUUGACAGUUCUGGGGAGUACAGGUUAGGGAUUUUGUAGAAUGUCCCCAAUCUUGGUUUGUCCGCUGUUUUUCUCAAGGUUAGAGGGGGAGGAAACCCACGGAGGUACACUGCCGUUUUCACACAUCCUAUCAAGGGUACAUGCACUCGACAUGACUUAUCACUGAUGAUGCUGACCUUGAUCACCUGGCUGAGCGGCACAGAAAUUUUUGUCUUCAUUCAUUCAACAUACGUUUAUUGAACACCUACUGUAUGCCAGAUGCUGCAUUGUUAUUUUUGUUGUUAACUGCUGUUGAGUCAGCCCGUCACUCACGGCGACCUCAUCUACCACGGAACCAAACGCUGUCUGAUCCCACGCCAUCCCCGUGAUCAGUUACAGAUUGAACCGUUGUGAUCCGAAGGGUUUUCAUGGGCAGAUUUUUGAAAGGAAAUUGCCAGGCCUUUCUUCCUACUCUGCCUUAGUCUGAAAGCUCCGCUGAAACCUGUUCAACCUCCUGGCAACACACAAGCCUCCGCUGACAGACAGGUGGCGGCUGUGCGUUAGGCACAUUGGCUGAGAAUCGAACCCAGGUCUUCCUCUUGGAAGGUGAGGCCCCACUGACCCACCACAACACCCUGAGGCUGCGUUACGGCUUGGAAUGGAAAAUUAAGAAGAUAGGCCCUUAGCCUCAGAACUCUCACGACUCAGUAGGGCAGGUAAGAAGGCGUUUAUGGAAGUAGUUGCCAUAUACUGUGCGCUGGGGUGGGGAGGAGGAGGGGAGGCGUUCCCAGGGAGAGAUAAGGAGUGAGCCAGAAUGGGGACGGGGCGUGGCAGGAAGGACUUCACAGGAAAAAAAUGUUCAAGCCAGGUCUUGGCAGAUGACUUCCCAGUCAGAGGGAAGUGCAGAGGCACAGGCAGGAGAAAGCUGGUGUGCCUGGAGGGCUCGGGGUGGGAGAAGGCGAGGCCGGUCGAGUUCUGUGUGUUGUGCCAAGGCGUUUGGGUUCCAUCCCGCAAUGGAGAACUGCUAAAAGGUUUGGGGCAAGUGAAUCACAUGGUUGUUAUUGUAGUUAGCUGCUGUCGAGUGGACUCUGACUCCUGGCAACUCCACGUACGACACAGCACAGCGUUGCCCGUCCUGUGCCCUCCUUACGAUCAUCGGUACGCUUCAGCCCGUUGUUGCAGCCACUGUGUAUUCGGAGUGCCUUCCAACCUAGGGCGCUCAUCUUCCAGCACGAUAACAGACAUCUUCUGUGUCAUCCAUAUGAUUUUCGUUGGCUGAUUUUCAGAAGUAGAUUCCAGGCCUUUCUUCCUAGUCUGUCUUAGUCUGGCAGCUCUGCUGCAACCUGUCCACCGUGGGUGACCCUGCUGGUUGCCGUGGUGUUUCUUCCAGCAUCACAGCAACAUGCAAACCCUCACAGUAGGACGGACAUGAUUAGAGCUGCUUUCCUCUGUGGCUCUGGUGGCCCUGUGGACAGAACGUGGGAAGGGGCAGAGAGCCCAAUGAGGACCGUGUUCCCUGGGCUCAGACUGGAUGUGGGGAGGUGGGAUUAAGACAGCAGCUUUGGGGCUGGAGAGGAGAGGUCAGGAGGGAGGGAGAUUUGGGUGGUGGACUUUACAGACUCUGGAACGCGAGAGGAAAUAGGGUGACACCCAGGUCUCUGGCCUGAGUGGGUAGGUGGAGGGUGGCACCACAGACCGAGAGAGGCCUCCCAUCCCUUUAGCCUGGCUCAGCUUCAUGAGCUGCGGACCACCCUGGGGAGGUAUGGUGGGAGGCGGGGCCAAUAGGGACAGAAUUACGUGGCUCACUGCCCACUCUGCAGGAGCCAGGACCCCCCAGGCAGGGUCUGGGGCAGGCCGUGGAAGUGGGGGGCUGAGGUGGAGCAGAAUCGAAGGGAUGAAGUUGAGAAAGUUGAGUGGCUCAGAGGACAGACCCGAAGGCCGAGGCAUGGCAUCGCAGAGGCUGGUAGCCCCUAGGCACUCAGGGGGCCUGUCUUGCCUUUGCGCCUCUGUGCCCAUCCAGCAAGGGUGGAUGAGUGGCCACAUGCCCUUGCCACCACAUUCCACUCCACAUCCCACACCCAGGACAGUGACUGGCCCAGGAAAGCUCUCAGGAAACGGCUGGAAUGAACAACUGAGUCAGCGGGAGUUGUGCCCCUCUGGAGUGGGAGGAGGCCUGCUGACAGGCUGGGGCAGCAGUGCCUCCACCCCACACCAGCUGGGUGCCCAGGGGUGAGGCCUGGUCAGUGCAGGAAGUCUGUGUGUGUGUGUGUGUAUGAGUGCAGGAGUGAGCGUGUGAAUGUGGGGGUGAGUGUGGGAGUGAGUGAGUGUGUGGGUGAGAGUGUGUGAGUGAGGGUGUGGGUGAGAGUGUGUGAGUGAGGGUGUGAGUGAGAGUGUGAGUGAGGGUGUGGGUGAGGGUGUGUGAGUGAGGGUGAGAGUGUGUGAGUGAGGGUGUGGGUGAGAGUGUGGGUGAGGGUGUGUGAGUGAGGGUGUUGUGAGAGUGUGCGAGUGAGGGUGUGGGUGAGAGUGUGUGUGGGUGAGAGUGUGAGCGAGGGUGUGGGUGAGAGUGAGUGAGGGUGUGGGUGAGAGUGUGUGUGGGUGAGAGUGUGAGGGUGUGGGUGAGAGUGUGUGAGUGAGGGUGUGGGUGAGAGUAUGUGGGUGAGAGUGAGGGUGUGAGUGAGGGUGUGGGUGAGAGUGAGGGUGUGGGUGAGAGUGAGGGUGUGGGUGAGUGUGUGAGUGUGUGGGUGAGAGAGUGUGAGUGAGAAUGUGUGGGUAAGAGUGUGAGAGUGUGAAUGAGAGUGGGUGAGUGUGUAGGUGAGAGUGUGAGUGUGUGGGUGAGUGGGUGAGUGUGGGUGAGAAUGGGUGAGUGUGAGUGUGUGGGUGAAUGUGUGGAUGAGUGUGAGAGUGAGUGGGUGAGAGUGUGUGAGUGUGUGAAUGGGAGUGUGUGGCUGAGUGUGUGUGUGUAUAAAUGCAUGUGAGAGUGUAUGAGUGUGCAUAUGUGUAUGGGUGUGAGUGUAUGUGUGUGAGAGUAUGAGUGUGUAGGUGAAAGUGUGAGUGUGUGAGUAUGUGAGUGCAUGUGAGCAAGUGUAUAACUAUGUGUAUGCAUGUGCAUGUGAGAGUAUCAGUGUGUUAUGAGUGAGGGUAUAUAACAUGCAUGUAUGUGAGUGUACGUGUGUGAGUGGGCAUGUGAGUGUGCAAAUGUGAGUGUGCAUGUGAGUGUAUGAGUGUGUGUGGGUGAAUCUGAGUGAGAGUCUGUAAGUGAGUGUGAGGGUGUGUGAGUGCAUGUGAGAGUGAGUGUACGUGCAAAUAUGUGUGUAAGAAUACACAUGUGUCUGAGUAUGUGUGUGAGUGCAUGUGCGUGCAUGUGUGUGAGCGUAUAUGAGUGUGUGAGUGUGCAUGUGUUGGAGAGAAUAUGGGUGUGUGUGUGAGUUGCGUGUGAGUAUGUGAUUGCAUUCUGUGUGAGUGAGCAUAUGAGAGUGCGUGUGAACGUGUGUGUGUCCGUGUGUGCCUGUGCAUCAGAAGGGUGGUUUCCAGGGCUGAGCAGUGUUUGGAGCACGCCGGGCUUAGUUGGAAGCAAGCUCCUGAAGGACCAGGAGGUUCCUGCAUCUCAGACUGCAAAUUCCAGGCCUGUGUAUUUCAUACUCUUUAUUUCCUCAAUGAAAUAUACAUUCAUAUGUGGUAAAGAGCAGAACAAACUCUGCUAGUAGAUGGCCCUGGUUUUUUCAGAGACCCAGAGCAGACCCAUUCUUGCAGGUUCUUUGCUGGAGAGAGGGAGGGGCUGGCUACUCCAGGGCUGGGUCCCCACUGCUGCACAGCCACAUGUGGUCUCCCUCUGAGCUCCUCCUGCUCCCCAAAUUCAGCUGUGGUCCUGAGUCUCCAUCCUCACCUCCACCACCCCUUUCCCACCCUGCUAACCCUGAAGUUUGAGCAUCCACGCUCCCUGCUCGGGGAGAUUCUUCCAAUACAACACUUCUCAUCCACAGCCCCCGUCUCUGCCCUGGCUGACUGCAGACUUUGACUCUGCAGAAGGCCCCAGAGCGGCCCCCCACGCCCCUCUUUCAGGAAUGAUUAACUCCUAGUUAGGCGGCACACAGCAGCUUGAUCUCAGGGUGGGUGGUCCCUGGUCAGCUGGCCAGUGGAAAGAGAAGUUUCCUGGCUCUGCUGACAGCUGCUGCCUGAGAGUUCGUUCAACUCACCAAAAGCCAGGGCCGUUGGUGCCCAACAGACCAGGGAGCCCUCGUGGGCCAGAGGUAGAACCAGUGGCACUGGGGAACCAUGGGUGCUGGGGAGGGAGGGCUCUGGGCUCCCAUGGGGUAAAAGAAGAAUGGUGACCUCCCCCCACCCCCACCAUGGCAGGGCUACACAGGGGAAGGAGGGCUGGAAUGGGCCUGGUGACCAGGGUGGAGUCUAGCUGGCCAGAGCCCUCAGGUAUCAGUCGGGACUGAGCGCUGGCUGUGAGAAUGUGCCCAGUGGCCAGAGGGUGGCCAGGCAGGUGUGAGGUGCCCUGCUGUCAUCCUGUCACUGCCCCCCUACCUGCUGGAAGACCAGAUGCCACCUCCCCAGGGUGCCCAGAGCAGGUGGAACUCCUGGUACAGAGAGUGCAGAGAAGGGGCAAGCAGGACAGCAUCCAGAGUCGGGGUAGGGAGCAGGUUUGUCUUCCUGCCAUCACGACACAGGACUGAGCAGAAGGAGCACUGUCCCCGACCCUGCCUCCCUGCCCAUAGCCAUUCCUGUUCCCUAGAACCUCCUGCCAAGGUCAUGCCAGCCUCCACGGGUGACCCCACACAGGGCAGGGCAGAACCCGGGCACUGUCCUGAGCGUGUGAUGUGCAGUUCGGUACUUGACUUUCACAGCCGCCCCCAAGGGGGUUCUGUAUAAGCCUCACUCUGUACACUCUGAGAAGCAAAGCAACCAGCCCAAGGUCACACAGCUUCAGAAACAGGUCCACGUGAGCCAGAGCCUGGGCUUCUCACCCCGCGCUGACCUGCCUCCCUCGAGGCUGGCAGACAGUGAGAGGGCUGUGUCCACACCAGGGGGAAGACAGGCCAAGGAGCUCGGGUCACUGACCCGAGCCCGCACUCACCCCACAAGCUCCAGGGCUCAGAUUCCCAGCAUUCCACUGUGUCCCUGGUUUCCCAGCGAAGGGGAGACAGUGCUUCCGGUUCUUGGCAGCACCAGACAAUUAACAGCAGAGAAUAAUUGCUUUGGCAGUGCCAGCAGCCCACUUUGGCUGAUGAGAUGGGGAAGGUCAGAUGCUGAUGCUAGGUAUCAAAACCGACCGGCUGCAGUGGGGACAGGGACCAAGGCUAUCAGGAAGGGUCACAAGAGCUACACACCACGCAUGCCCAGCAGGGUCCUGGGGCCCCCGAGGGACAGGGAGCCUCCUCUUUGGCCCUGCUGAAGACUUGGGAUGCCAAGUGGAACUUGGCCCCGGGACAGCAGGGUUGCUCGGGUCCUGGCCUUGGUCCUCCUGCCUCCAUCCAGGCAUCUGGCCUGACGACACAAGCAAAGAGGUGGCCAGAGUCCGGGCAGGAAGGGGUCGGUACUGUAGUCAGUUUGGCUAGGGGUGCACAGAGUGAGUGGACUGGAUCUGGGAAGCCCCCGAGGUAGCAGGACAGGGCAGGUGCCCCGCUCAGUGCUGACCCCUUGUGUCUCCGGCCCCCAGACAGAGCUGUGACACGGCCCCCUCGCAGCUGACGACCCUGCCUGCCAUGGCGAGCCCCACGCUGAGCCCCGACUCCUCGUCGCAUGAGGCCCUGUCGGCCCCCACCUGCUCCCCCACUUCUGACUCCGAGAAUCUCAGCCCCGAUGAGCUGGAGCUACUGGCCAAACUUGAAGAGCAGAACCGGCUCCUGGAAGCAGACUCCAAGUCCAUGCGCUCCAUGAACGGCUCCCGGCGGAACAGUGGCUCCUCACUGGUGUCCAGCUCCUCGGCCUCCUCUAACCUGAGCCACCUGGAAGAGGACACGUGGAUCCUGUGGGGCCGCAUCGCCAACGAGUGGGAGGAGUGGCGGCGCAGGAAGGAGAAGUUGCUCAAGGAGCUGAUCCGCAAGGGGAUCCCGCACCACUUCCGGGCCAUCGUGUGGCAGCUCCUGUGCAGCGCCACAGACAUGCCCGUCAAGAACCAGUACUCCGAGCUGCUCAAGAUGUCAUCACCCUGUGAGAAGUUGAUCCGCAGGGACAUCGCCCGCACCUACCCGGAGCAUGAGUUCUUCAAGGGCCAGGACAGUCUGGGCCAGGAGGUCCUCUUCAAUGUCAUGAAGGCCUACUCCCUGGUGGACCGCGAGGUAGGCUACUGCCAGGGCAGCGCCUUCAUCGUGGGCCUGCUCCUCAUGCAGAUGCCCGAGGAGGAGGCGUUCUGUGUGUUUGUGCGGCUGAUGCAGGAGUACCGGCUCCGGGAACUCUUCAAGCCCAGCAUGGCCGAGCUGGGGCUCUGCAUCUACCAGUUCGAGUACAUGCUGCAGGAGCAGCUCCCAGACCUGAACACCCACUUCCGCUCCCAGAGCUUCCACACAUCCAUGUAUGCCUCGUCCUGGUUCCUCACGCUUUUCCUGACCACCUUCCCACUGCCCGUGGCCACCCGCAUCUUUGACAUCUUUAUGUAUGAGGGGCUGGAGAUCGUGUUCCGUGUGGGCCUGGCCCUGCUGCAGGUGAACCAGAUGGAGCUGAUGCAGCUGGACAUGGAGGGGAUGUCCCAGUACUUCCAGAGGGUGAUCCCCCACCAGUUCGACAGCUGCCCAGACAAGCUGAUCCUCAAGGCCUACCAGGUCAAGUACAACCCCAAGAAGAUGAAAAGGCUGGAGAAGGAGUAUGCAGCCAUGAAGAGCAAGGAGAUGGAGGAGCAGAUCGAGAUCAAAAGACUUCGGACGGAGAACCGGCUCCUGAAACAGAGGAUUGAGACCUUGGAGAAGGAGAGCGCUGCUCUGGCUGAUAGGUUAAUCCAGGGGCAGGUGACACGGGCACAGGAGGCUGAGGAGAACUACGUCAUCAAGCGGGAGCUAGCGGUGGUGCGGCAGCAGUGCAGCUCAGCGGCUGAGGACCUGCAGAAGGCGCAGAGCACCAUCCGGCAGCUGCAGGAGCAGCAGGAUAAUCCGCGCCUCACCGAGGACUUCGUGGCACACCUGGAGACAGAGCUGGAGCAGUCACGGCUACGGGAGACAGAGACGCUGGGGGCGCUGCGGGAGAUGCAGGACAAGGUCCUGGACAUGGAGAAGAGAAACAGCUCGCUGCCGGAUGAGAACAACGUGGCGCGGCUGCAGGAGGAGCUGAAAGCGCUAAAGGUGCGCGAGGGUGAGGCCGUGGCCGCGGCGCGGGAGCUGAAGCUGCAGCUGCAGGAGCUCUCCGACACCUGGCAGGCCCAUCUGUCCCGCGGCGGUCGCUGGAAGGAGUCCCCGCGGAAGCUGGUCCUGGGCGAGCUGCAGGACGAGCUGAUGAGCGUGCGCCUGCGCGAGGCCCAGGCCCUGGCCGAGGGCCGCGAGCUGCGGCAGCGCGUGGUGGAGCUCGAGACGCAGGACCACAUCCACCGCAACCUGCUGAACCGCGUGGAGGCGGAGCGCGCGGCGCUGCAGGAGAAGCUGCAGUACUUGGCGGCGCAGAACAAGGGGCUGCAGACGCAGCUCAGCGAGAGCCGCCGCAAGCAGGCAGAGGCCGAGUGCAAGAGCAAAGAGGAAGUGAUGGCCGUGCGCCUGCGGGAGGCUGACAGCAUGGCAGCGGUGGCCGAAAUGCGGCAGCGCAUCGCCGAGCUGGAGAUCCAGAGGGAGGAGGGCCGCAUCCAGGGCCAACUGAACCACUCGGACUCGUCGCAGUACAUCCGCGAGCUCAAGGACCAGAUCGAGGAGCUGAAGGCUGAGGUGCGGCUGCUGAAGGGCCCACCGCCCUUCGAGGACCCGCUGGCCUUUGACGGGCUCAGCCUGGCUCGACACCUGGACGAGGACUCGCUGCCAUCUUCCGAUGAGGAGCUGCUAGGCGUGGGCGUGGGCGCCGCUCUGCAGGACGCGCUCUACCCGCUGUCCCCGCGAGACGCACGCUUCUUCCGCGGUCUGGAUCGGCCAGCCAAGGACAGCGAGGGCAGCUCGGACAGCGACGCUGACGAGCUGGCCGCGCCCUAUAGCCAGGGCCUGGACAACUGAGGCCGCGCCCCCGCCAGCCAGGAGCCCGGGGGCUGUAGCUGUUGGGGGUGCCCGGGGCCCUAGCCUCCGGCGCCUCUGGGUCGAGGUCCUGAGCCACGCCCACACCUGGGGCCUGGCGCGGUGGGGCUCAGAAGGCGGUGCCGAGCCCCGCGGGGUCCUCAGGAUUCCUUGGCAGCCUCCCUUCCCAGCAGUGUUUACCCAUCUUGGUCCGCACCCCUCCAGGACCUCCUGCGUCCCAGCGGUGCCUGGGCCAGUCACCAGCGAGGGCAGAGAGUGACCCAGAGUUCCCAGGACUGGGCGAGCUGGAAGCUCCCAUCUCCAGCAGGCCUCUUUCUGGGACAAGGGUGGCCCUACCAGGAAGAGCCCAGGAGCUGGAGGGAGCCGAGGCAGGAAGGGCGCCUCUGGGCUGGAUGCUGCUCACUACUACCAGAUGUCCCUCGGGACACCGGGACCCUUGACCAGCCCUUGGCCGCUGGGGACAGGUGGCGGGCUGGGCUUUCCUGCCUGGUGCAGGUGUCAUGGCCCCUGCAGCAGAAACCAAAGUCCCCCUUACUGUGUGCAGGGCCACUUGGGGUGUGAGCGGCCAGGAGGAGCCAGGCUAGGGCUGGGCAGUGUCUGUCCAUGUUUGGGAGGUGGAGCGGCCAGAGCGGCUGCGUGGAAGGGAAAAAGCCUUGCCCCUCGCCCCACCCUUUCCUGUGAGACACUCCCAUUACCCAGUUCUUUGCCGCUGAUGGAGGAGGGCCCUCUCAGGGCUAGCCUCUCCAGGGGGUCCUCAUCUCCGCUUCCCUUCCUUCCCUUUGCCCCCAGACCCCCCAUCUCAGGCCAGGGCCAGGCCCCAGGUGAGGCUUUCCAGUGGAGCUGCCGCCUCCGCGCCUCCUCGUGGUGGUCCCGUGGUCUCUGCUAAGUCAGAGCUGAGAACGGUGCCAAAGCCCAACUAUGCCCCCAGACCCCCCACCCCGGGCCUCGUGACCCUCGGGGCUGACCCUCGGUGCUCCUGGAGCCUCGAGUCGCGUCACAAGCAAUCUCCCUGGCGCUUCUGGGGUAGGGAUCCAUGCUCAGUCCCCCCUUCCCAGUCGCCCACUCCUCAGUGUUAAAGCCUGGGGACACUGCCCACCACCAUUUUGCACACUGCCUGUUCACACUCCACAUGUCGCCCAGGCGGGAAAGAUGGAAAAUAAAGUGUAUUUACACGGUCGUGGGCGAGGGGCGCUGAGUGGGGCAGGCCU